CAUAUACAAAAGUCCAAAGCUGGCCUCCCCUUGGCCUCUUCCCUUGGAAACUCCUGAUAAAAGCAAUGACAGAAUAGAGUUCAAACCAAACACUUUCUGAUAAUUCACAAAACAAAGCUUUGAAAAUGAUGAUGAUACACCAACACACACUAGUCCUCUGAGCAACCAGAGAGAGAAAAUUGGGUACCUUAAUUUGGACAAUCAAAUGGAUGCAACUCAAGCAGAAAAAAUCUAUGUUGCUAUUAGCAAUGAUGCACAGGAUGGAUUUAACACUUUGAAUUGGGCUCUCAGGAAAUGGAAUUCUCAUCCAAUUUCCAUUGUGAUUCUCCAUGUGACACACAAGAUUUCCAUGGAUUAUGUUUACACACCAUUUGGGAAACUUCCAGCAAAAUCUGUGAAUGAUGAAAAGCUAGAAGUUCUCAGGAAAGAUGAGAAAGAGAAAAUCAAGAAGCUGUUUUCCAAGUAUAUAUCUUUUUGUGGCAAGGUGCCAGCUGAAAUUUUUGAAGUUGAGAAAUUUGAUGAGCCUAUCCAAAAGCGCACCAUAGACUUGAUAUUUGGUCUAGGAAUAACCAAAUUGGUCAUAGGAUUUUCAUUCAUGAAGCCUUCCUUGAAAUCAAGAGGUGCCAUGAGUGGAUUGUUCUAUGUUCAUCAGCACAAGCCUGCAUUCUGUGAUUUGUUUAUUAUUUGUGCUGGGAAGCAAGUUUAUCUCAGAGGAAAUAAUGAUGAGCAAAUCAUGGAAGAUGAUAAGGGAGUCAUGGUUGCCAGAAUGAGAGAUAAGAUCACUUUUAAAGAUUGGCUAGACAAAAUGUUCAAUGACAAAAACAAUGAUUCCUUAGAUAGAACUGCAUCUCCUUCCUCAAACAAUUUGGAUUCCUCUGUGACACAAAAUCACUGGGAGUCUUGUCUCCAAGAAAUUGAUAAUUACUAUCAACAAUUGCUAUCUUCAUCAAAUUUGGAUGAUGGAACCUGCAGGCAGGACAAUGAUCCAAUUGAGCCAGAUGUCACUGAAAGGAACUACUCUAUUAAGAGUGCAGCAGAAAAAAUUGAGAUCCUGAAAAAUAAACUGAACGAAGCUCGAAAAACAAUCCAAUUGAAGAGGAAAGAAGCCAAGGACAACCUAGAGAGACAAACAAAAGCUGAAUGGGCAAUUUUAUUAUGCAACAGUCGGGCAGAAGAAGUUGAAGGUCAAAUAAGGGAAGAGGUAAGCACAAAGGAAGAACUAAAGAAGGAAGUGGAAGCAGAGAAAGAGCAAAUAAAGGAAAUGAAAAUUGAGAUUGAAGAGAGGAAGAGGAGGGCAGGUUCACUAACAGGACUCCAACGCGAGAUGUCAAGCAGGCUCCAAAUGUCGACGUUGGCGAGGUCAGGAGCGGAGGCACAACUAGAGAGAGCAGUGAGUGAAAGGAGGGAUAUGGUGAGGGAGAUAGAGGAGCUGCGGAGGCAGAGGGAUGUAUUGAAGAGGAGGAUCGAGUUCUGCAAGCAGAAAGAUGCCAUAAGCAUGGCGGCGAGGAUGAGUGACACAUGUUGUAGUUUUAGGGAGUACACAGAGGAGGAGCUGAGGUUGGCCACCGAAAACUUCUCCGAGCGGCUGAGGUUGAAGUCCGGUGGGGAUUGGACCAACGUAUAUAGAGGACACUUCAACCACUCGACUUUUGCAGUCAAAAUGCUCCCUUCUUAUGCUUCUUUGUCUCACCAAUAUUUUCAUUCCAAGAUGAGGCUUCUAGGUGAUAUUAGGCAACCUCAUCUGGUUGCCAUGGUGGGCUUUUGCUCUGAGCCCAAAUGCUUAGUUUUGGAAUACUUGUGCAACGGAAGCUUGCGAGACAUGCUAUUUUCUAGGAGACGAAGCCGGGCCUUACGGUGGCAUGACCGGAUACGAAUAGCGACAGAAGUUUGCUCAGGCUUGGGCUAUCUCAACGCAGCAAAGCAGAGGCCUGUUAUUCAUUGUCAUUUGAGCCCAGCCAACGUCCUCCUAGACCGCAAUCUGGUUGCGAAGAUCACGGGCUUCGGGCUUCACGAGUGCCAUGACGAGGAAUGUAACGCGGAGACAGAUUUGAGGGCCGUAGGGGUUUUGUUGCUGCAGCUUCUAACCGGAAGAAAUUGGGUCGGGCUCGUUGACGAGGCCCUGAUAUCAGACAUGGAUACAGAGGCACUGGUUAAAGUUCUUGAUGACAUGGCUGGACAAUGGCCAUUGAAUCUAGCGAAAGAGCUCGUGAACCUAGCUAUCAGGUGCAUGUCUAUGACAGGCAAGCCCAACCCAGAUUUUAGCAUUGCAAGUGUCUUGAAGGAACUCAAUAAGAUUAGAAGAAAGGGUGAUGAAAUAUUUACAAGGGAAGGACAAAAAGUAAUCAAUGGAGGGUGUAUAGAUAGAGAGAGCUCUAGCGAUGUGCCUAGUGUGUUCAUUUGCCCUAUUCUGCAGGAUGUGAUGAAAAACCCACACGUGGCGGCAGAUGGGUUUUCUUAUGAGCUGGAAGCAAUAGAACAGUGGUUGCAGUCAGGGAAUGAAAGAUCACCUAUGACAAAUUUAAGGAUGAAGCACACAUUCCUUACUCCGAAUCACACUCUUCGUUCCUUAAUUGAUGAUUGGCAGGAAAAAUCAGCCAACGUUGAAAAUUAAUACCAUUUUUUUAGUUAAGUAGAAUAUGUACAGCUAAACUGUGGAUUGUAACUUAUUUUACUUCUCAUUACCAUUGGAGCCGGGAAAAAAACUACCAAUUUAAUUACAGUAA